AUGGUGCGGUUGUACCGCCUUCGGAAUGGGGAGCGCAUCUCUGUGUCUGCUGCUUCCAAGUUGCUGUCCAACAUGAUGUACCAGUACCGAGGCAUGGGGCUGUCCAUGGGCAGUAUGAUCUGUGGUUGGGACAAAAAGGGCCCUGGACUAUAUUAUGUGGAUGACAAUGGGACAAGACUCUCAGGGACUGUGUUUUCCACAGGCAGUGGAAACAGUUAUGCCUAUGGAGUCCUGGACAAUGGCUACCGGCCUGACCUUAGCCCUGAGGAAGCUUAUGACCUUGUCCAUGCCACCCACUGGGAUAGCUACUCUGGGGGUUUUGUCAAUAUGUAUCACAUGAAGGAGGAUGGCUGGGUGAAGGUGGAGAGUUCAGAUGUUAGUAACCUAUUCCACAAGUACUUGAAGACUCAGGGGUGA